UGCAACAUAACCACAAAAUUUAUCCGACGAUGCGUCACAGUUCCGUCUAUCGUUCUAAGAUUAUAUUACUUGUUUCGAGUUUAAACGGGGUUAAUAAAUCCCAUUAAACGUCCCCAUGGCGUCUUCCCUCAGUCUUCUCUGUGAUUACAACAGUAGCAGCGACGAGGACGGGAACAUGAGCGAAAACAACGAGUCGAUCGUUCUCGAUAAAUUAACAACUCCUAUUAAUUUAAACAUCUGUUCCGCUCCGGACGUUGUACCCACGGGAACAGAAUUGUGUAUACAGCAUGUUGAUCCUACCGCUACAGAGAUAGCAUCUAAUUUGAAGUACGAACAACUUUUCGGACCAGAGGUUGGGCCAGAAAAUCCAUUUAAGACGCAGCAGCAGCGUGCAGCGAAAAAUAUGCUUUCCGGAUAUGUGGAACAUGCACACAUUAGUCCUUUUCAAUUUGAAAAUCAAAGGAGAACGUUUGCUAGUUAUGGAUAUGCGUUAGAUCCAACUGUAGAUGGUAGUGCAGAUGAAGGCAGAGUGAUAAUUGGUUCAAAGGAAGCUGCUGAAGAAUCGGGUGGCAAAACUGUUUUUGAAACUACUACUCUAAGGCCAUCGGACAAGCGAAAAAGGCACAGAAAUAGUGAUCCAGCAGAUAUAGAAGGCUUUUUGGGACCAUGGGGUGGAUAUGUGGAUGAGAAACGUGUCAUAAAACCGAGCGAAGAAGAAGCUGCUGAACUGGAAGAAAUACUAGCUAAACGAAAUAAACGAGGAAAGCAGACGGAGGAGAAACCUCUCGAGGAGAAGACAGUGUUGCAUAUCAAGGACAGUGUGGAUUAUCAAGGACGUUCGUUCUUGCACGCACCACAAGAUGUAGGUGUAAAUUUGAGAUCGGAGUCGCCACCGGAUCGUUGUUUCUUACCGAAAGCGCAAAUUCACACGUGGGAAGGUCACACAAAAGGCAUCUCGCAAAUUCGAUGGUUCCCUCGUACAGCACAUUUAUUAUUGUCUUGUAGCAUGGAUUGCCGAGUGAAGUUGUGGGAAGUUUAUAAGGAUAGGAGAUGCGUCCGUACUUAUUACGGACAUCGUCAAGCGGUGCGGGACAUAAGUUUCGACAACGACGGCAAGCGAUUUUUGUCAGCAGCUUACGAUCGUUAUGUUAAGUUAUGGGACACGGAAACUGGAGCUUGUAUCAGUCGUUUUACGAGUAGAAAAAUUCCAUACUGUGCCAAAUUCAAUCCCGAUCCGGAUAAGCAGCAUCUCUUUGUAGCUGGUACUAGCGAUAAGAAAAUUAUUUGCUGGGAUAUACGUUCUGGUGAAAUAACUCAGGAAUAUGACAGACAUUUGGGUGCAGUGAAUACUAUUACGUUUGUCGAUGAAAACAGAAGAUUUGUUACGACUAGUGAUGACAAAAGUCUGCGAGUUUGGGAAUGGGAUAUUCCAGUGGACAUGAAAUAUAUAGCUGACCCAUCGAUGCAUUCCAUGCCAGCCGUGACGCCGUCGCGAAAUCAAAAAUGGCUUGCCUGUCAAAGUAUGGACAAUAAGAUCGUCAUAUUCUCGGCGCUAAACAGAUUUAAAAUGAAUCGAAAGAAGACCUUUACGGGACACAUGGUCGCUGGAUAUGCAUGCGGUUUAGAUUUCUCUCCAGAUAUGAGCUACUUGGUAUCGGGUGAUGCAGACGGAAGAUGUUACAUAUGGGACUGGAAAACCACGAAAUUAUACAAAAAAUGGAAAGCACACGACGGAGUGUGCAUCGAUGUGCUCUGGCAUCCGCACGAACCUUCUAAGCUCGUCACAGCUGGUUGGGACGGAAAGAUCAAGUAUUGGGAUUAAGAGAGAGGGACUGAGAUCAAUACUCGGUUUUUUUAAAAAUCCUGUAUUUUGUACGAAUGUUUUUAUAUUCUAGAUUAAAUUGUACAUAUAUAAUAAAUUAUUUAUUUUAA